AUGGACAGGCUUCAAGGAGCGCGGACUCGUCAGACUGGCUACGAUAUUGACGGUGACGAGAUCCAUUACCCCACUCGUCCGGUAGACAAGGAGAAGGCAGAGCAGGAGCUUGUCAUCAACAUCAAGAAGGCUACGAAUCCAGACGAGACUGCGCCGAAGCAAAAGCAUGUCCGAAAGUGUAUCGUCUAUACAUGGGACUACCACUCUUCCAUAUCCUUCUGGACUGGACUCCGGGUGCAGCCCAUAUUAGCGGAUGAGGUCCAGACGUUCAAAGCUUUGAUCACCGUGCACAAGGUCUUACAGGAAGGGCAUCCGAUCACAAUAAAGGAAGCUCAUGGACAAACGGGUUGGCUGGAGACCUGUGCUCGGACGGUAGGCCACGAGACUCCAAAAGGGUACGGUACCCUCAUCAGGGCUUAUGUGCAAUACAUUCUCGCCAAGCUACGUUUCCAUCGCAUGCGUCCAGAGUUCAACGGCUUGUUCGAGUACGAAGAAUAUGUUACCUUGAAAGGUGUUGACGAUCCCAAUGAGGGCUAUGAAAUUAUUUCCGAUCUCAUGGGCCUGCAAGAUCAAAUAGAUUCCUUUCAAAGGAUGAUAUUCGCUCAUUUCCGGCAUUCUGCGAAUAACGAGUGCCGAAUCUCUGCGCUGGUACCACUUGUUAAAGAGAGCUGGGGCAUCUAUCGGUUCAUUACCAGCAUGCUCAGGGCGAUGCACCGGAGAACCACUGACACCGACGCCCUUGAACCAUUACGGACACGGUUCAGUUCCCAACACUACAACCUUCGAAAGUUCUACUAUGAAUGCUCCAACCUCAAGUACCUCACAAGUCUGAUCAAUGUGCCCAAGCUUGGCCAGGACCCUCCGAACCUCAUGGAUAAAGGCUCAGCGCCGGACCUUCCCGCAAGACCCACCACGGCUGCCAAGUCUCCUACACCACCUCCAGCAGCACCCUCUCCGGUCGUAGAUAUCGGGGAGCAGGCAAGGAUGCUCAAGCAGUACGAAGAGCAGCAAGCUGCUUUGGUUGCUGCUCGGGAGGCUGAGGAACGUCGUCGCCUUGAGUUGGAAGCUCAACAGCGAGCUGAGUUCGAGCGGAGGCAGCAAGAGCAGCUUGAGAAAGAACGCCUUGCUCAAGAACAGUUAAUGCAGCAGCAGAUGAUGCAGUACAAUAACCAAGCUGCGCAGCAGAUGCAUGAGCUGGAGAGGGAACUUCUGGCUAUGCGUGGUCAGUACGAGCGUGAUCAGCUCAUGCUGGAGCAAUAUGACAGAAGAGUCAAAGCGUUAGAGGGUGAACUGGCGGGAGUUCAGAUGCACAUCAAUCAGCAAUUUCAGUCGAAGGACGAUCUCAUCAAACAGCUGCAAGACCAAGUUACACUCUGGCGUAAUAAGUAUGAAGCCCUGGCGAAACUGUAUAGUCAACUUCGCACAGAACAUCUCGACAUGCUGCAGAAGUAUAAGCAGAUGCAGUUGAAGGCAAACUCUGCCCAGGAAGCCAUCGACAAGAUGGAGCGAAUGGAGAGAGAUAUCAAGGCCAAGAACCUGGAACUGGCUGAUAUGAUCCGCGAGCGUGACAGAGCCAGGUUUGACUUGGAUCGCCAAAAGGCCAGCCACAAGGAUGAAAUAGAUCGUCUGCGCCGCGAACUCAACUUUGCCAACGAGCGUGCCGAGGAUGCGUCGAGGUCCAAGAGCUCCGAGGUCUCGAGCGUUCUGGCCAAAUACAACAGACAACUCUCAGAGUUGGAGGACUCCUUACGAGCCAAACAAAUACAGAUUGACGAUCUGCUUACCAAGCUGCAGAACGUCGAUCAGGACAUGGAGCGUCUGCGGGAAGAGAAGGACCAAGAAAUAGCAAUUCUUCAGGAGAGCAUGGACUCGACCAUCCAGCAACUUGCCGACGUCCAACAGACGCAAAAUAUCGCCGAAGAGGCCACUAAUGCCCAGAUCGAUACCUUGAUAUUGGAUAACAGGAAGAAGCUCAACCAGAUCAUAGACUCUAUCCUGCAAGCAUGCAUGCAGAAGGUUGAUGAAGCUACCUACGAGCUUGAGUCUCCUACGCAGGCGGGCAAUCUCAACUCCACACCGGAGUAUACUCUGUCGAUGAUCGAGAAGGCUAUCAACAAUGCCACUGAGUUCGCGAUUAUCUUCAAUUUAUACAUCGGUGGUGAAGUUGGCGGCGACCAUGUGGAUGUCAUUAAGGGGGCAAACGAGCUUGCGCAGUCUCUCGCUGACGUUCUGAUCAGCACCAAGGGCGUCACACGGUUGGCUGAUGACGAGGCGUCCGACAAACUCAUCAACGUUGCCAAAAAUGCCGGCGAUGUCGGGAUACGCUUGUUCCUUAAUCUCCAGUCCUACAAGCUUGACCUGUUGCGUGACUCAACGCAGAGGAAGGAGGUCGCCACGCGUAAUAAUGCGGAAAUACGGGGAGCCUUAACGAAGCUUUCUGAGGCUAUCGACAAGCUCUUGCCUAAGGGGCAAGCGGCCCUGUCGAAGGCCAAUGGCGACAUUGGGGAUCUCGUGGAACAAGAGAUGAUGGGCGCUGCUAAGGCUAUCGAGGCUGCUACCCAGCGGUUGCAAGAGCUCAUUGCUCGGCCACGUGACACCGACCGAUUCAGUGCCGUGGACCUUAAAGUGCACGAUUCCAUCCUUGCUGCCGCGCUUGCGAUCACGAAUGCUAUUGCACGGCUCAUUCAAGCUGCUACGGAAUCCCAGCAAGAGAUUGUCAACAAGGGCAAAGGCGCGAGCACAUCGCAGCAGUUUUACAAAAAGAACAACCGUUGGACAGAAGGUCUCAUCUCGGCAGCUCGAGCCGUGGCCUUUGCCACCAACCUUCUCAUCGAGUCUGCGGAUGGUGUCCUAUCUGGGACUCAUUCACUCGAACAGCUAAUUGUCGCCUCAAACGAAGUGGCAGGGGCGACAGCGCAGUUGGUCGCUGCAUCAAGAGUGAAGGCAGACUUGAUGUCCAAGACGCAGGAGCGUUUGGAACUUGCAGCCAAGGCAGUCACGGAAGCGGUGAAGGCAUUGGUGCGACAAGUCAAGGCUAUUACCGCGAAGCAAGCCGAAGACGAAGCAGUUGAUUAUAAUGCUAUGCCCGCGCUGGAGUUCAAGAGACGGGAGAUGGAGCAACAGGUAGAGAUUCUUCGGCUGGAGAAAGAAUUGGGCGCGGCUCGACAUAGGCUGGGCGCCAUGAGACGUGCAGGAUAUCACACGGAGGAGACGGACUAAAGCGUAGGACCUAAUACGAGCAUUCCUUUCUUCACUAUCUUACAGCCUGCGUUCAUAUUACCAUGUAACUUUUAUCUUGCGACUCAAAUAUCACCAAGGAUCAGACGGUUUGGCUUGUCAUAAUCUCCAUUGCAGGGUAUGUGCGAAAUGUCACAAAAUGAGCGUCUGACUAGGCAAAUAUACCACAACGUAAAUUAGAACACAGACGACUAGGAAUAAUGGCAAGUUAACAAAUAAGCAAUAAAAAGCUGAACGAUAUCCAACAGGUUCACAGCAGGCACAAACUUAUCCAGGUCCAACUAAUUCCAGGAUGUCCACGCUUCGAACAGUAUCAAAGGAAUCCUUGCCUCGACCAAGAUCCAGGAAAUUUGCAUCUUCAAAUGGUUUUGCAGUAGCCUGUGCUUCUGAAGACGACUCGGCCUCAUCUUCGAUAUCCAGGAAAGACGGCUUCCGCAUGAUGGAUCGCCGUUGUGACCCAACCUUGUCAUUUCGUGCAGAGGAAGGAGGAUAGGGGGAACGGCCGGCACGCUGAGCACUGCGUCUAGGAGGUGGCAAAGGACCAAUAGGUUCCUCAGGUUCCUCCCUUUCGCGUAUGAUUGAGUCCGCGUGAGUGCUAGUAGCAGUGACGGCUGAGCUUGUCCGUGGUCGUCGACGAGGCGGCGG